GCUGUCCUCACCGGUCUGGCGAGUUCUGUUCUGGAUAUCGCCGUGUAUCGGAGAUGAUAUGGCGGGCAGUGACUCGGAAGAACCGGCCAUUCCUCAACAUGACGACAAUAUCUCCGCAUAAUUUCGGCGAUGAUACUGCCGAACCGGUCUUCUCCAUCUCCAUCAUCGAGAAAUUGGAUUUUGGAGGUUUGAUUCUCUGCGGCAGAUGUCAUUCAUUCUUUGGUGAAUUGCUGAUGUGGCCACUUACAAUUGGAGAUGAUGUUUAGAUGGAUGCCACGUAUGUGAAAAUUGGCCCAAGUGUUUAAAACUUUAAAAAGCCUAAAACCCUCAACACAAACUGCAAAACCUCUCAGUCUCAGACAGACAAUGUCACAACAACCCGAAACGGAACGAGCGGUGCUCCUCCGCUGGUACGAGCUCCGUCUCCUACGCUGCACCCUCCCUUCAUCUCCGCCGUCCGAUUCUCCACCGCCGCCUCCUCAACCGCAGCCGUCCGAUCAUCAUCGAAUUCACUCUUCACUCCUCAACGACCUCCUCUCUUCAAUCGAGGCCGGCGACUAUCUCCGCGCCCUAUCCUCCGACGCCGCCGCACUCGUCCUCCGACAACUCGCCGAUGACGAGUCCUCCUCCUCCGCCGACCGAGUCUACUCCGAGUUGCUCCGUCGCGUCGAGUCCUUCCUUGUUUCAGAACCCGAAGACGACGAGGACAAGGCUUACAGAGCGUUGCUCGUGGUCAGCAUCGCCGUCGCCGCGUUCCUCGCCUUCACUCAGUGCAACAUGACCGGGCCUUUGAAGGAAAUGGAAAAAUGUCCAUUGGCAUUGAAGAAAGUGGGUGGUAAAGGUGAAGAUGAGGAAUUGGUGGAAUGGGAAAACUGGGCUCGUAAUCAGCUAAUGGCUGCUGGCUCUGACUUGCUUGGAAAGUUCUCUAAUCUUCAGUAUUUAGUUUUUGCUAAGAUGUUGCUCACGAGGACAAGAGACUUGUUAUUUGGAGAAAGUGUGUCUUCCACGUAUGGAAUUAGUAGCAUCUCAUGGUGGCUCGCUAGGUUCAUAUUUCUUCAACAGAGAAUUUUGGAUGAGCGGUCAUCUUCCUUGUUUGAUUUAUUGCACGUCUAUGUGGGCGAGACUCUACAUCACUUUGACACUUUGGAAAAAGUGACGAGUUAUUUUGGUUCAAGUUUACACAAUGAAGAUGCUUUAGCAAUCAUCUCGAUGGUUCAUUUAGAAGCUGGGAUAAUGGAAUACAACUAUGGAAGAGUUGAUUCUUGCAGGCAACAUUUUGAGUCAGCUGAAGUGGCAGCUGGGCUUCAGCUUUCUGUUACUGGGAUUCUUGGCUUCCGUACUGUACAUCAGGUACAACCUAAGGCACAGAGUGUACUUGUUACCAACACAAGCUCAUCCAACUAUGCCAGUAAUUGCCCCUUAGAAAGCUCUGGUAUCCAGGCCCACAAGUCUAGUGUUGGAGAAGAUAAUUUGCAUCUACAUCAACCUGAAACCUCUGACAUAUUGAUGACCCCAAAAUUGUUAGUGGAUAAUGAUGAAGGAAGUAGAUUGCAAGGCAUUCAAAAUGGUGGUCCCGCUACAGCCCCUUUGAGGGGGAUCCAACAGGCAGUGAUUCUGGCCCGAUGCCUUCUUAUUGAAAAGAGCACUCCACACGGUGAAAUGCAAGGAUGGGAUAUGGCUCCAUAUAUAGAGGCAAUUGAUUCUCAGCAGUUGUCAUACUUCAUUAUAAGGUGUUUCUGUGACAUCUUACGUAUUCGAUGGGAAUCGACUCGCAGUCGCACAAAGGAGCGUGCAUUACUGAUGAUGGAUAAACUGGUCCAGAGUGUCAGUGAGCCUUCUCCAGGAGUGGCACAACGAAUUCCUUUUUGUUUUGGGGUUUAUAUCCCUACUAUUCCUGCCUUGCGAAGGGAAUAUGGUGAACUUUUAGUGCGCUGUCAUUUAAUUGGCGAGGCAGUUAAAAUUUUUGAGGAUUUAGAGUUAUGGGAUAAUCUUAUAUUUUGCUACCGCUUAUUGGAGAAGAAAGCAGCAGCUGUUGAACUCAUCAAGAAACGACUAUCUGAAAUGCCUAAUGACCCCAGGUUAUGGUGUUCAUUGGGUGAUGUUACAAAUGAUGAUGCUUGCUACCAAAAAGCCCUGGAAGUUUCAAAUGAUAAGUCAGCUAGAGCUAAGCGAUCCCUUGCUCGUAGUGCAUACAAUAGAGGGGACUAUCAGACAUCUAAAAUCCUUUGGGAAUCUGCAAUGGCCUUGAAUUCUUUGUAUCCAGAUGGUUGGUUUGCCCUUGGGGCUGCUGCUUUGAAGGCUAGAGAUGUUCAGAAGGCUCUGGAUGGAUUUACUCGUGCUGUUCAACUUGAUCCUGAUAACGGGGAGGCUUGGAACAAUAUUGCUUGCUUGCAUAUGAUCAACAAGAGGAGCAAAGAGUCUUUCAUUGCAUUUAAAGAAGCUCUUAAGUUCAAGCGAGAUAGCUGGCAGUUGUGGGAGAAUUACUGUCAUGUUGCUUUGGAUGUGGGAAAUGUUGAUCAGGCUCUGGAAGCUAUACAGAAGGUUUCGGACAUGACUAGUAAUAAAAGAAUUGACAUUGAAUUAUUAAAGAGGAUUAUGAUAGAGGUGGAAAGAAGGGCUUCAACUCAUCAUUCUGGAUCUCCUGUGAUGACCAAUGACGAUAAUUUUACUGAUCAAGAAUGUCCGGCUGAUUCUCAAAUAGACCGUCUUAAUGAGUCAACAAAUGCAGAGCCUGCGGAGAGAAGGUCAAGGGAAACUGAGCAUUUGGAGAUUCUUGGGAAAGUUCUACAGCGGAUGGUUCGAAAUGACGGAAGAGCAGAUAUCUGGGGCUUAUAUGCAAGGUGGCACAAAAUCAAAGGAGAUUUGACAAUGUGCUCUGAAGCCCUCUUAAAGCAAGUUAGAUCAUAUCAGGGAUCUGAUUUAUGGAAAGAUAGAGAUCGUUUUAAAAGUUUUGCACAAGCCUCCUUGGACCUUUGCAAGGUGUACAUGGAAAUUUCUUCAUCUACUGGUAGCCGUCCGGAACUCCUUGCAGCUGAGAUGCAUCUAAAGAACAUAAUUAAACAGGCGGAGAGCUUCUCAGACACAGAAGAAUUUAGAGGUCUUCAGGCUUGCCUUGAUGAAGUGAAGAUGAAGCUCCAAUCGAGUCCUGUGCCUACCUAAAAUUAUUGAUGAUGCCCCUUGGAUAUGUUAUUUACCUUCUUAACACAAGGGAUAUUGGAGUUUAGAAUGCAAGCCUUUUUGAGGGACAUUUGUAGGGUGGCAAAGAAUACUACAUGAUACAGCCAAAUUUUUUAUAUAAUAAUUGAUUCUUUUGCUUCCCAAAGAGAAGUGUAGAUGAAUGGAUGAAUGCCUACAAUUGAUUUUACUCAUGAAUUAAACGGUUGACCAUCGGAUUGAUCACUUCUGUGUAUCUCUUAGCUUUACCAGCCCCGGGGAUGGGGGAAGAGAAGAAGAAGAAGAAGAAAUCGUGGAGUUCAGCCAUUGUUGUAUCUAUAUUUAAGUGUUUGAUAAUGGACAGCAGCUGCACUUCGAUAAUAGUCCCUAGGAAAUUAAAUGAAGUUUAAAAUAAUUGUAAAAAAGUGUGGUUCUGAAACCACCUGACUAUUUAAUUUAUGAGAUGUGCUUUUCCUAAGAUUUUUUUUUUAAUUAAAAAAAAAUUGUUUUUACCUUGAUAGGCCAGAUUGGGAUGUCUUUUACUAAUAGAAAGGAGAAAGAUGGAUUACUUAGUUGUCAA